UGUAUGCAGUCGUGAAAACAGACGAUUUGUUUACAAGUUGGCGUUUUUCUCCGCAUAGCACAGUAAAUAUGCGGAGUAAAAUUUAUUCUUCUAAUUACAUAAACAUUUAAUUUCAUUUUUAUUUCUUCUCCUUUGUGUCUGUUUUCACUUCAAAAUUAUUUCUUCCUAAAAUUUUAAUAAAUACAAAAGAUAUUUUGUGUCAUGGAUUUGAUACGAACACCUAAGGGUAUAUUAACAAGUAAUCUAAAUGGAACAAAAUGCUCAUGUGAAUUAAAAGUUGAAAAAGUGAAGAUGUUGGACCGUUUCAAUAACAAAAAGCCUAAUGUAGGAACUCUUCACUUGACUGCAACACAUUUAAUAUUUAUUGACCCAGAAGGCAAAAAAGAAGCAUGGAUCCUACACACUCAUAUUGCUAGUGUCAUUAAAUUACCAAUAUCUACAUCUGGUUCACCUCUUCAAAUUAGAUGUAAAAAUUUUUUAUCUGUUACUUUUGUCAUACCCAAAGAAAGAGAUAGUCAUGACAUAUACACAUCUUUAUUAAAACUUUCUCAGCCUGUAAAUAUUCAUGAAUUAUAUUGCUUUCAUUAUACUGCUUCAAAUGAAGAUCUUCCUAAACGCUCUGGCUGGAAUAAGUUUGACUUACAAGCUGAAUAUGCCCGAAUGGGUGUUCCAAAUGAUCGUUGGGUUUUAACCUUAAUCAAUAAGGAUUAUGAGAUAUGUGAUACGUAUCCAAGAUUUUUAUACGUGCCUACAUCUGCUUCAACUGCUGUUCUUGUGGGAAGCAGUCGUUUUCGCAGUCGAGGAAGGCUACCUGUCUUGUCAUACUUACAUAAAAAUAUGGCUGCUAUAUGCCGCUGCAGUCAACCCCUGUCUGGCUUUAGUGCACGCUGUGUGGAAGAUGAGCAGUUACUGAGCUGCAUUUUAAAAUCUAGUCCAAAUUCAGAAUAUAUGUAUGUAGUGGAUACCCGACCAAAGAUUAAUGCAAUGGCUAAUAAGGCAGCUGGGAAAGGCUAUGAAAAUGAAGAUUUUUACAGAAACAUUAAAUUCCAAUUUUUUGGUAUAGAAAAUAUACAUGUGAUGAGGAAUAGUUUGCAGAAACUUGUUGAUGCAUGUGAAUUAAAAAUUCCUUCUAUGAAUGCAUUUUUAAAUGGUCUAGAAAGCAGUGGUUGGUUGCGUCAUGUAAAGAGUGUUUUAGAAGCUGCUGCUUUCAUUGCAGAAGCUCUAGAAAAGGGCACAUCAGUACUUGUUCAUUGCUCUGAUGGAUGGGAUAGAACAGCUCAGACAUGUUCUCUGGCUGCUUUAUUACAGGAUCCAUAUUAUAGAACCAUUACUGGUUUUCAAGUAAGCUGUGAUUGAAAAUUAUCAGAAUUUGUUAUGA